UCCCACCACCACCCACUCCCUUUUUCUUCCUUCUUAUUCACAACUCUCACUCCCCCAUCUCCCCAACCCUCCCAUACAAACCACCAAUCUUUCUCUCUCUCUCUCUCUCUCUCUCUCUCUCUCUCUAGCACUCAAGGAGUGAAAUGCAUUGUUCUUGAAGAAUUGGCCCGCUCAUCAAUUGCCCACUUCGCUCCAAGUGAAGUUUGUUCAAUGGCUCUUACUUCUCUCCAAGUUUGCAUGGAUUCUUCUGAUUGGCUACAGGACACUAUCCACAAUGAAUCUCCAAUGGAUUCUUCUUCUCCAUCUGGAGACAUGCUCACAUGCCCAAGACCCUUGAUGGAGAGAAGGCUUAGGCCCCAACAUGACCAAGCCCCAAAGUGUCCACGGUGUGACUCAACCCAUACCAAGUUUUGCUACUAUAACAACUACAGCCUUACACAACCGAGGUACUUCUGUAAGACCUGUAGGAGGUACUGGACUAAAGGAGGAACACUAAGGAACAUACCGGUUGGCGGUGGAUGUAGGAAGAACAAGAAAGUUUCUUCCAAGAAAUCAAAUGAUAAUCAAUCGGUCAAUCACCAAAACUCUGGCGGAUCAUCAUCUCACAGUCCGACCGAUCUGCAGCUUUCGUUCCCUGAGGUGCAACUUUCUCACCUCACUAACUUGCUAGGGAACCAUGGAGGACUUGGAAACCCUAGUUUCUUGGAGAGCAAGUAUAAUGCAAAUGUCAUGUUUGAAAACCCUAGGCCCAUUGAUUUUAUGGAAAGUAGAUAUGAAGGUUUGGUUGGAAUUUCUAGAAAUCAUGAUUUUAUGGGGAGUGGUGACCUGGCAAUGAUGGGUGGGCUUGGUCAUGACAUGAGCCAUGACCAUGGGUUGACAAUGACACCUAAUUUUCAUGGCUUAUGCUCUCCUUUUGGAGAGAAAUUAUUCAGUACGCCUGAAGCAAAUCUAAGUGAUCAGGUACCUUUUAUGGACACAUGUCAGAGGCUAAUGCUUCCAUAUGAAGGACAUAUUGAGGAUCAAACCACAAUGGAUGUGAAGCCAAACACCAAACUUUUGACCCUUGAGUGGCAUGAUCAAGAAGCUUCUGAUGUUGGGAAGGACUCUUUUGGGUAUCUCAAUAGCAUGGGAUCAUGGACAGGAAUGAUGAACGGCUAUGGAUCGUAAGAGUAUUUUACAUAACACGUACAACAUUGUAGAGUACUUAUUUCUUUCACAAAUAUAUAAAACUCACCUCUGUGGGGUUCAUAUAUUUGUAAGAGAGAAGAGCACCACAAUAAUGUACUCAUUACACAAAAUACCACCUCUUAUGGAUCAUCUGCAAAAAUUAGUCUAAACCCUUUGUAGUCAAUUGUCCGGAAUUGCAUGUUGCCACGAUCAACGGCUGUGGAUGAAGAUACCUAAACAUAAUCUAGGACUUAAUAUUAGUACUUCUAAUUAAGUAUGUGCCUUUGAUGGAAAGGUUUUUAAUGUUUCUUUCUGUGAAGGUUUUUCUUUUUUCCCCUCUUUAAUUGAUUAACCAAGUGUUGUUGAGUGUGAAUGAGAGUGUGAGAGUUCAAAAAUGACUGCUUUAGAUAGUGCCUAAAGGUUGUUCUCUCCAUCCUUUUAUUUAUUUAUUCUGGUGUUGUUCAAUCAUAUUCUAUAUUUUAUAUCUAUCUUAUUAUAAUUUUAUCUU